GUUGUUAGUUUGAACAAAAUGGCUGCAUGAGCGCCACUCAACAAGAAUUCAGCGAACGCUCUAUUUGGACUGUCCGCACUCGCAUUUGGAUAUUUCAAGAAUUCGUUCUCCAGGAUUUCUUUUUCAGUUGCAUUCGUUGCAGCCAGAUUGUCAGUCGGUUGUUUUAGUUUAACAUACCUGCUAGCUUUCAGCUAGCUAGCAAGCGUAACAAAAUAUUUCCUUUGCACUUUAAACUAGAGUUAGCUUGCAAGCGUCGUCGGUUGCCCUAUGCCAAGUUAUCGGCGAAGAGCCUAAUACUGCCCUCCUUUAUUUUGCACCAUUUGGCUAUAAAUUGCAUACCGGUCUGUUUUUGAUGCAACUAUCGUGUCGGGAUAUUUGACUAGAUGCUUUAAUGACACUUUGCGAACAUUACAUUCUUUGGUAGCUAGCUAUUUUUUCCUCAAAUACAGCAGUGUUGUGAUGUUUCGUCCCGUCAAGGCUUGAGUCCGUGUCUUGUUUUUGAAGCUGAUUUUUAAAACUGGUAUUGAACAUUUCUUGCUAUGUGAAUAACUGUUGGCGACCGCGGCAUUUUUCUUAUGAAGCUGCUUAGCGCAAAUUCGCAGUAUCCUGAACAGCUAGCUAUCAAAUGUUAGCUAACUGCGAAUGCGUUUGAAUUAGCCACUGAGCUGUCAUUUACGGGUACUUUUUUUGGAAAGGGCACAAGAAAAUGCCUUUCUGCACCACCUUCUGCCAUGCAACAAUUCUAUACUGAAAGCUGCCAAAGCUCAACUUGUGAUUACGAAGCUGAGAGAAGCUAAAAACCACAGGGAGAGAACCAUUUGAUGGAAGAAAAGAAAAAGAAAAAGCAAGAAGAAAAGUCAAAGAAGGACGCUGCUCAGAAAAAGGUUGCUGAACAGAAAACCAAAGUGCCAGACUCUGCCAAGCCCAGCCCCAGUCUGCAGCACCCUGCCAGCCCCAGCCCCAGCCUGACCCUGUCCCUGUGCAGUCCCUCGCCGGCUAGCAGCAGCAGCAGCAGCAGUGGCAGCAGUGGCAAUGGCAAGCGUGCCCCCUCCAGUGCCCAGCAGCAGCAGCAGCAGCAGCCAGCGUCAACGCAGCCAGGCCCGCGCUACCCGCCCCGAGAGGUGCCCCCGCGUUUCCGGCAGCAGGAGCACAAGCAGUUGUUAAAGAGGGGCCAGCCAUUGCCCGCGGGCACCCUGCCUCUCGCCUCCUCCUCCUCGGGCUCCGCACAGCAGCAGUUUGGGAACAGCUCGCCUCCUCUGACGCCCUCAAGCAAAAGGCAUACAGAGCUGUCCCAUCUAAGUGGCCUGGGAACGCAGUAUGAGAAUCCCCUUUGGGGUCAGUCCAACAACACCGCCAGUAGUAGUAACAAUACCACUAGCACCAGUGGCUGGGACCAAGUGAUUAUCGACGAGAGCGACCGCGACGCCUGGCCCUCCAUUUCCUCCUCCUCCAACGCCAGCGGCACCAGCAGCAGUAUCCACGCAGUCCCAGCAUGCCCUUCCUCGGUGGCGGCGGACACUGACCGCUCCCCAGACGGCAGCGUCGUCACGGUCACUAGCGGCAACAGCAGCGGCGGCGGCGGCGGCAACAUGAGCAUGGCAACGGGUGCUGGUCAGCCAGCUCACUAUCCAAUCAGCAACAAGAACGGCAUCGGCAACAUGGUCUCCAGCCAAGGCGGGCCCCCGAACCGGGGAUGGGGGGGCUCCGAGGGCAAAGGCGACGGCCUGGGGCCCAUGGGAGGAAGGGGACACCAGUCCGGCUGGGGGACGCCUAACCUCAACCUAAACCCCAACGCCAACCCCUCCGCCUGGCCUAUGCUCGGGCACGAAGGCCCCAAUAAUGUCGGCGGUGGCAGCAACGGUGGCGGCAUGGGGGGUCCGAACUCCCUCCCCCCGAAUAUGUGCGGGCCACCCGGGGUUCCGUCGGCGCUGCACGGCCCCAACGGCAACGGCAACAUGGGCGGAGGCGGAAGUGCCAACGGUAACAUGAUGAUGGGCGAUACCAGCGGCACCAGUGCUUGGGGCAACCCCGACGCCCCCGGCCCAGACUCGCAGCGCCAGAACUCCCCUUCCUCUACGAAUGUGUCUUCUUCUUCUGCUUUCGGCAUGGAGCAGCCUCCCAUGAACACUGACGGACCAAGCAGCCACGCGAGCAGCAAGCAGGAGCCCAUGAGCCCCGUCCACAGCUGGGGCCAGCAGUCCCCCACCGAGGCCUCGCAGGCCAACGGAGGAGGAGGAGGAGGAGGAGGAGAUGGCACCUCCAUGUGGGGAAGCGGAGACAACAAGUCCGGGGAGUCCAAGGACUCUGGAUGGGGCGGCGACUCCGGAAACUCUGGAUGGGGCAGUGGUGGUGGUGGAGGCGCAGGGGGCAACAACAACAACAACAGUGGCACCGGUACCUGGGGCGACUGGGGGGGCAACAGCAAACCGCAGCAGUCCGGCAGCGGAGACGCCAGCGGCGGCUGGAACUCGGAGCCCUCCCAGGACCACCAGAUGAGCUCCUGGGCCUCCGGCGACGGCGGCGGCGCUGCCGCCAGCGAUGGCAGCGGAGGCAGCAGCGAUGGUCGCGGCGGUCGCCGAGAACGCUCCUCCAGCAUCGGCUCCAAGGUCCCGCUCUUGCCUCGCCAGGACCUGGACCCCCGCGUGCUCUCCAACUCCGGCUGGGGCCAGACCCCCGUGCGGCAGCACACCGUCUGGGAGAUGGAGGAGAUCCAGCCCGAGCGCAAGUCCGAGAGCGGAAGCGACGGCUGGGGAUCGAGCUCUUCCUCCAGCAGCGCCACUCCGGCCGGACCGCCACCGUCCAUGUCCGGCGGUGGCGCCAACCCAAACAUGGGUGGCGGGAUGCCGAGACCCGACUCCGGGGGCAAGAACGAGCCCGCGGGCCCGGUCGGCUCAGCCUCCGGAUGGGGAGGCGCCCCUACUGCUCCCAAGCAGUCGGUCGGCAGUGGAUGGGGAGAUCCUCCGGCAAGCAAGAAGGUGUCCAACGGGUCGAUGAGCGGAUGGGGCGAACCAAUCAACAACUCCGGCCCCAAGAGCAACCAGUCCUGGGGAUCCGGCGACAAGUCCCCCACUAACUGGGACGAUGGGCCAUCCCAGCCCAAGCAGCAGCAGCAGCAGCAGCAACAGCAACAAGGGGGCUGGGGAGACCCAGGCCCCAACAAACCCUCCCAGAGCUGGGGCAACGGCAGCAGCAGCGGGAGCGGUAGCGGUAGCGGAGGCAGCGGAGAGUGGGGCGGCGACUCCAACGAGACAAAGAAGAACGGCUCUGGAAACUCCAUGUGGGGCGACGGCAACGACGGAGGAAGCAACAACUGGAAGGAACCCAGCAACUCUCGCAGCUGGAGCAAACCGGCGCCCAACGUGUCGUCCGGCCCCAACAACCAGGGAUGGGGCGGCGGCGGCAAACCCCAAGACGGCCCCAACGGCAAUGGCCCCAGCGGCCCCAACGGCGGCGCACCGACCAUGGGCUCAUGGGGCGGCCCCAACUCCGUGAAGCAAACUGGUGGUUGGGGCGGCGGCGGUGGAGGAGGAGGGUCCUCUGGAGGAGGAGGAGGAGGAGGAGGAGGACGCGGCGACUCGGAGGCCACAGGCUGGGAAGAGCCUUCUCCUCCCUCCAUCCGUCGCAAGAUGGAGAUCGACGACGGCACAUCCACUUGGGGCGACCCGAGCGCCUACAGCAAGGCCGUCAACAUGUGGGACCGCAACAAUCCCGCGCAGCAGCAACAGGGUGGCGGUGGCGGUGGCGGAGGAGGAGGAAACCACUCCGGACCCGGCAACAACAGCAACUCGGGGCCGGGAAACAACAAUGGCGGAAACAGCCACCACCACCACCACCACCACCACUCAGCGGGACCACCACCCAACAACAAUAACAAUCACUCUCAUCAUCACCCUCACCACAACCCGCAUCACCACGGCCAGCAGAACCACAUGCAGAGCCACUCCAACGGCGGCCACAACAACAACAACGGCGGCGGCUCACCCAAUCAGCCCGGAGGACCGCCCCAGAAUAGACCCCCUCUCGUCACUCCAGGCUGGGGCGAUCUGCCCAGCGUCCAGGCCAAGCCGGAGCCGUCCUCCUCCUCGUGGGGUGACCCGGGCUCCAACGGCCCUGCGGUGGACAACGGCACCUCGGCCUGGGGCAAGCCUCCUCGCAACUGUGGAGGAGGCGGCGGCGGAGGAGGAGGAGGAGGAGGAUGGGGCGACGGGGGAGGAGGCCACGAGCCGUCCGGACCCUACGGCAGGGGCAACGCACCCCCAGGAUCUGGCCCCUGCAAACAAGCCCCCAAAUCUAUGCAAGACGGCUGGGGAUCGAGCGGCGAGGACAUGGGCAUGUCCGGCGGCGGCCAAUGGGGGGAGGCGGAUGACGGGGACAUGUGGAACAGCCCCACCUCCCAGGAGAGCAGCUCCUCCUGUAACUCAUGGGGAAACCCGCCCAAGAAGAUGCCGCCCAAGGGCAUGGGUAAGAUGCCCAACAAGCCAGAUGACACCUGGAUCAUGAACCGCCUCAUCAAGCAGCUCACAGACAUGGGCUUCCCGAGGGACCCUGCCGAGGAGGCUCUGAAGAGCAACAACAUGAAUCUGGAUCAAGCCAUGAGCGCUUUGCUAGAGAAGAAGACCGAACUGGACAAGCGGGGGAUGGGCAUGUCCGACUACAACGGCCUGAACAAGCCCAUGGUGUGCCGUCCCCCAGCCCUCUCCAAAGACCCCUCCUCGGACCGGGCCCCCUUCCUGGACAAGGACGGCGGGCUGUCGGAUGACACACCGACCUCACCGUUUAUGCCUUCUCCUGGCCUGAAGCUCCCCCUGGCCAACAGCAGCCUGCCUGGCCACGGGCUGGUCGGGGUCCCCUCUGGGCUGGCCAUGCAAAACUUGAACAACAGACAGAUGCAGAAUGGAAUGUUUGGCAGUAGCGGAGCAGCACAAGUCCGGGCCCUGCAGCAGCAGCAGCAGCAGCCGCAGGCUCCGCCUCCUCAGCCGUCAGUGCCGUCUCUCAGCUCCUCCCAGCCUGCUCUACGCACUCAAGUGCCUCAGUUUCUCUCCCCUCAGGUCCAAGCACAGCUCUUGCAGUUUGCAGCAAAAAACAUUGGCCUGAACCCUGCACUUUUAACCUCACCAAUAAACCCUCAACAAAUGACCCUGUUGUACCAACUCCAGCAACUGCAAAUGGCGUACCAGCGUUUACAAAUCCAGCAGCAGAUGAUGCAGGCUCAGCGCAACGUCUCCGGCCCCAUCAGACAACAAGAGCAGCAAGUUGCACGUACAAUCAACAACAUGCAGCAGCAGAUCCAACAGCACCAGCGGCAGCUGGCCCAGGCCCUGCUGAUGAAGCAGCAGCCUCCUCCUCCUCACUCCGGCCUGCACCCCUCCUCGGCCGCCGCCGCAGCAGCAGCCGCAGCCGCAGCCGCCGCCGCUGCAGCCGGCAAAUCAGCCCUGGACUCCUCCCCUUUCCCGGGCCACCACUCCCACUCCCACCAGGGCCCGGGCGGCCUCAACGACCUGCAGACCAAAGAGCAGCAGUCUUCUCCCAACUCUUACAGCACCUACCCGCUCUCUGGCCUGAACCCCAGUAUGAAUGUAAACUGCAUGGAGGUGGGCCUGGGCAUGAAGGAACCUCCGCAGCCCCAGUCCCGCCUCUCCCAGUGGACACACGCCAACUCCAUGGACAGCGGGCCACACAUGGAGCCCGGCCUGAGCAAACAUGGUCUCAUCGGUGUGCGUCCAGGUGGCAUUCCUCCGGCUCCCAACCACGGCCCGACCGGCAAGACCCCCAUGGACGACUCGUAUAGCCCCUACGGCCUGAUGUCCUCCUCCGAGUCCCCCACCAGCCCCCUGGUGCCGCCCGAGAGCUGGGGCCAGUCGGGCAAGAGCCCCACCGAGAAGAUCACCAACGGGACCAACAUCAGCUGGCCACCUGAGUUCUGUCCCGGGGUUCCAUGGAAGGGUCUGCAGAACAUCGACCCAGAGAACGACCCCAACAUGACCCCAGGCAGCGUGCCCAGCGGCCCCACCAUCAACACCAACAUCCAGGACGUCCACCGCUACCUCCAGCGGGACCGCAGUGGAGGCUCGUCCCCCACCUCCUCACAGGGCGGCUCUUUGCCGGCCUCCAGUGAGUGGCCAGUCUCUGGCUUCACGAGCUCUUUCAGCCUGCCUCCCCCUGACGGGGAGGAUGCCACAGGUAAGCUGCUGGACAUGAAGUCCACCUGGUCCCCCGGGCCCAUCUCCCACAGCCAGGCGUCGCUGUCCCACGAGCUGUGGAAGGUACCCCCCGGCGCCCGCAACACCACUGCCCCGUCCCGCCCCCCUCCCGGCCUCACCAACCCCACCAAGCCCUCGUCCACCUGGGGCGGCCACAGCCUGGGCCUGGCUGGACCCGGCUGGAACAGCUCGUCCUACUCAGAGGGCACCACCUGGAGCACUGACAGCUCUAACCGUACGAGCAGCUGGCUGGUGCUGAGGAACCUCACACCUCAGAUUGACGGCUCGACUCUGCGGACGCUGUGCAUGCAGCACGGGCCCCUCAUUACAUUCCACCUGAACCUGACGCAGGGCAACGCCGUGGUGCGCUACAGCUCCAAGGAGGAGGCCGCCAAGGCCCAGAAGUCCCUGCACAUGUGCGUGCUGGGUAACACCACCAUCCUGGCGGAGUUUGCGGGCGAGGAGGAGGUGCAGCGCUUCUUUGCACAAGGCCAGCCCAACAGCGGCAACACCACCAGCUGGCAACAGCAGGGCAACGCACCGGGCACCAAUCAAACGCGUCCGUCUGCACAUGCCCCCGUGGGACACCAUUGGGGCGCCCCGGGAGCCUCCCACGCCGUGGGUCACGGCAGCAACGGCGGCGGCGCCAGCUCCAUGGUGGUUGGCGGAGGAGCCGGCAAAGCUCCCGGCAGCGCCGUAGGAUCUGGAGGAGGAGGUGGCGGCAGCGGAGGAGAGCUGCUGUGGGGAGGCGUGCCGCAGUACUCCAGCCUCUGGGGCCCGCCGGGCGGAGAGGACGCUCGCGUGAUCGGCAGCCCCAUUCCAAUCAACACCCUGCUGCCGGGAGACCUGCUGAGUGGGGAGUCCAUGUAAAGAGGAGGAGAAGGAGGAGAGGAGGAGGAGACGAGAUGCGCCUUGAUCCAUGUAAGGAAGAGAAAAGGAGAGGAGGCGCAUCUUGCUCCUCCUGCUGCUGCUGCUGCUGCUGCAACGCUGGACCCAGAAGAUUGCGAAGUCAACGAAACCUUUUUGAGAUUUCAACAGCUGAAACGGACACAACGAACAAAGAAAAAAACAAAUCACAAAAGAAUGGAAAUGAGAAAGAUUGAAGAUCUUUUUUUUACUAUUAUUCUUCUUCAAUAAGAGAAGAAACCAACAAAACAUGAAACAAGGAGCAAAAACCAAGCAAAUCAAUGUGGCGAUAAUCAGUUUUAUCUGUGGAGCUGUAACAACCAGGGGGGGUGGGGCUAACCUGAGGCUGCUGACUCCGCCCUCCUUAAACCUCUCCUGAGUGUUUAUUUUUUAUUUUAUUUAUGCUUUGCUCGGCCAUCUGUGCAGCAAAGGGUGCCCUCUUCUUGACUCUUCGUGCUGUGGAAGACAAAAAACUCUUCAAUGAGGGAGAAUCAAAUUUCUAAAAACAACAUGAGCCUUUUGAAGUUUCUUGAUGUAGUUUAUGGAUACAAAAAAGUAUUUUACGUUUUUUCAACAUUCAGUACAAAAUGUUCCAAGUUUCUCAUGUUUUUUUGCGCAUUGUCAGGAGAAGCAAUCUUAAGAGGUAGUCCUGAACCACACCUCAUAUACUCUGACAAACACCUUGUGUAUCCCUUUUCCCAAAAAAUACAAAAAUGACUUCCUAACUGCCCUGUGGCCCAGGAGAAAAAGGCUCUUAAAGUUUUAUCCAUUGUGUUACUUUCGUCGUACUUUUUUUGUUUUUGUUAUUAUUAAUUGAUUAAUUGAACUGAUAUUAGCCUUAAGUGCUCUCCAGGUCCUUUUUCAAGCAUUUUUUUUGCUUUUUUUGUUUUUCAAAACAAAUACUAACUAAAGAAAAAAACCUUUUGAAACCUUGCACAGUCCCAUCAUGCCCUGAGCAAGGCGAAAUGGACCAGAACAAAGUGUGAAGAACAAUGCCAGCUCUCGGCUAAUGGGCGUCCUGUGAGCAAGACCAAUCACCCUAUCGCCCCCUGCAAUCCCCCAUUACAAAGUUGUUUCAAUUUUUCUUAGUGCUUUCAGUUAUUUUUUUAGACUGACUUUGUCCCACGACUAAAGGGAGUUUUCACUGCUUACUUACAUGUGUCUGGUAUAACCUGGCCGGUGAUUUUUUUUUGUUAAGUUGAAUUGUAUGUACUUGCAACAUAAGCUGAGAGCAGAUUGCACGUCAAAACCUAACCUGAGUGUGGACCGUGGACCGCCGUGUGUCAAGUUUAUAAACGUCUCUUCAGGCACCCGACCUUCUGUGUCCCAACACACCACUGUUUCUGAAGAAGAAGAAGAGGAGAAAGACAAACAAACCAACAAACAAACAAAGCAAAAGGGCCAUUCUUCGUGACGUGGUUAUGGCCCUAACCACGACGACUCACCCAAUCGAAACCUUUUUAUGCGUCCUUGUUUUCUCCGUUUGUCAUGGUCCAUCAAGGAAAGGAGACUAAACAACACAACACAACCACCUUCUAAGUGAUGCAUUGUGCAAUAUAUGCCACUGACUCUUCCGUCCCCACUGAAGCAAACCGUUGCUGAGCUUCACUGUUUUCCUGAUCAACCGAUUUUCGUUUCGUUCAGUUCAUCUGAACAGCGGGACAUUUUUGUCGUCGUUUUACCCUGUUUUUGUUUGUUUUUUCAUGUUUUUGAAAACUACAGAAACCUUAUGAACUUCAUUUCCCAACCCAGGCCCGUGACCCCUUGUUGCAAUUGUUGGGUAUUUCAGAAAUCGAUGGGGAGGAAGGAAGUGACUCGUGAUAAAGCCAGUGUGUGUUGUGUUGUGAUUUGGAGAGGGAGGAGAGGAGAGAUUUGGGACAGGUGACAAGGAAACGAAACAAAAAAAACAAUGUCUCUCCAACCACACUCAACCAGCCUCCUUCAUUCCCUACCCAAUGGAGACUGUCCCUACAGCAAACAAGGGGUUCUAGUGGUUUGGGAAAACAGGCACAAUACCAAAUAAGAGGGUUUUUUUCUCCCAAUGCAGUAAAAGGGGUAAAGAGUGUUCCUUGCAUUUGGUACAAACAUGAGACUAACCAUACAUUUGGAAAAAAAAAAAAAACUUAUUAAGGGGAUCUAUCAUAGCACUUAUGAAGAAAAGGUGGCUCCGCCUACAAUGCCAAUAAAUCAGAAAAAGGAGCGCCGAUGUUGGAGGACUUAACUGAAAAAAAGGAGAGAGAAAAAAAACACAAAAAAACAAAGAAAAACUCAAUGGCAACUCCUAGCUCUUUUUUGUACUGUAUCUGUAUUUAAACUGUUUUUUGUUUGUUUUUGUUUUCAUGCUGGUCCUCUUUGGUCCAGGGACUUGUGACAGACUUCAAAUGAAAAAAAAAGGACAACGAAAACAAAAGGACAUGAACAGGUGUCAGGAUGAAGGGAAAAACAAGACUGAAUCUUACAAUCAGACAAAACAAACAAAAAAAACUUGCAGUGUGUGUGUGUUUUUUGUUGUUGUUUUGUUUCAGUUCUAAGCUGUUUUUUUGUUGUUGUUUGUCUUUGACUUAUAAUAUCAAAAAGUGAAUGUCACUGUUACUCCAAAAUGGUCUUUUCUUAGCCUUUUUCGAUUAUUGUAUCUGGAGGAAGCGCUACACAUGCAAUGUUACCCUGGAUACAGGUGAUGGCGGCGGCGGCGGUGGUGGUGGUGAUGGUGACGACGACGAUGAUGAUGAUGUUGUUUUUUGGGGGGACGGGAUGAUGAUCCAUGGGUAGGGUGGGUUAUUUUGGGGUUGGGGUAGGGGAUGGGUCCUCGUGCCGACCUUGGCCGACUGUCUGCCCACUGAGUGCCUCUCUGCUGUGGAGACCGAGCGAGUGCACGCCACGCGACGGCCGUCUGACAUUCCUCAGCAGCACCUCUUCCCAGGCAGCCGGCGCAACCCUGUGACCCUUCACCCCCCCUCGAACCCCAAACCCUGACCCCACCCACCCCCCUCAUCCCAGUUCUCCACAGGCCCCAUCAGCCCUCUCUCAAUGUCUAUCUCUCAUUCCCUUUGCCCCCCCCAUACUGAACCACUGCACAGGCACUCCUUCAUUCUCCUUCAACCUAGCCCCCAUCCUGCAUCCGGCCCCACCACGCCAUGCCCCCAUCCUCUACUGUCUCGUAUACAACUAUAAACGAUCACUUUAGCUGGAAGUUGAGACGGUCCGAUCUCUGGAAUUGAAUUGCCAGUUUAUGUGUUAUUGUUAUUUUUUUUGCUUUGUCCUGUGUGUCCUUUCACAUUAUUUUCAAAUUUUGCUACUAAUGUCCAAUGUCUUUCUUUUGUUUAAACAAUUACCUUGGAUGCUCAUAUGCAGAAACUCUCUUUUAAGGAAAAAAAAGAGGUGCCUCUGUCUGUCCUGUGUAACCGAAUGCACAACCGCGGAUCAAUAUGACGGGCCAUGUUUGAUUGUUACUUUUUAUUUUUAAAACCUGAAAUGGUCAUGCUUUUAGUAGCCGUGUUUUCAUAGGUUUAACUAGUAUAUCUGAUGAUUGUCAAGUAGCCUCUCAGACUUCUGUGUCAGAAUGUUGAGUGAGUGAGUGAGCGAGCGAACGAACGUGUGUGGGUGUGUGUAUAACUUAAGACAUCUCCCUGGCGCCCCCUAGCCUGCCUACUGUCCCAUUGCAGCUGCUACCAUCCACCCUUAAACGUAAUUUUCCGUUAGCCUUUGCUCUUUGCUAGCUUGUGUUCCUCCUGCUAGCACAUGGUCCUCCAAGAACCAAGCAUCACCAACAAACCAGAGAGAAAAAUGUCCUUCGUGUUGCGUGCGAGUUAGCCCACAGUGGCUUAUCGCGCUUCUUUCUUGUCGACUUCAGACGAUUUCUUCUAUCAAAGCCUCCGAGCAAGGGGUACAUUUAUAACAGACGCGGGUUUUUUCUGUUUCUGUUUCUAUGCAAAGCCAAGGAGACUCAAAAGUAGAGGGGUUGCAAGGAGUUUUUGGGUCAGAGUCGAAGUUGGGGGAAGAGAAGAGGUGGCAAGUAGUGGUGUUUUUUUUUUCUUCUUUACAUCGGCAACCCUUUACCACAUCGUGCCAAUCAUUUCUUUUGGAGAGGAUGGACAGACAGAGAGGCGGAUGGAUGAAUGGAUGGAUGCAUGGAUGCCAUUCUCACUCUUCUCCAGCCUCCAGCACAUGUUCUUACAGCCACCUUCUUACGCCCUCUCUCUCGCUCUCUGAAUUCCACGUCUCAUCGCUCCCGCGUCCCUGUGUGUGUUUGUGUGUGUGCGCGUGUCCAUAGCAUCGGGGCCAAUCCACGAAGACACUGCCCCUCACACCACAACGCUCUUUGUUGUUGUUUUUUUAAAUCCUCAACACAAUCCAAAUCAGGUGUUCCGCAGGAAGCACGUUAUAUACACUCGUACAUCACCAUUUUACUCUGCUGAAAAUGAAAAGGAAAAAAAAAAUCCAACAAAACAUCUCACAUCAGCUUGAUCUCAGGACAGGGCGAGGGAUACAACAGAAAAAAAUAUAUACGUAAUGUUAAAAAAAGUGUUUAUAUGCUGAGGGCAUCAUUGGGCGAGUUUUUUCUGUCUGUCAAUAGGGAGGGGUGGGUUGCAACUUGUUGUUAGAGCUACCAUGUUUAGGAGUGGCACAUUGACAGGUGUGUCUCUAUGUGCAAUGGGUCCUAUUAGAUCUUAUCCCUUAACGGGGCCCGCUUCAUCUGCCCACAAAGGAUUAGCGGGGUCUGUUGUCAAUCAAAAUACAAGAGAAAAACAGGACCCAUUUUGUUGAUUUUUUUCACUCCUUUUGCUGCUGGGCUCAGAAGAUAUCCACUUUUUUUCUUCUCUCUCUCGUUUCUUCUAUAUGCUCUUCACUGACUUCAUGUGCCAACACAGUGAAAGAGCCUAGGAAAACGGAGAACAAACUCUCCUCCUCUCCCACCUCUUUCUUCAGCUCCACGUUGUGUCUAGCCGUACACAGAUCGGUAGAGGGGGUGAGAGAAGGAUGGAUGGACCCCAAUGUCCUGACCUGCUGCAAAAGCACCUUCGUAAUGGCUCUUGUGGGUGGGUGAGGGUGGUGUGGCCUGAUGGGACUGACUGCGAGCAUCAUCAACCUCAUUCUGAUCAUUCGCGAUAAUCUCUUCUUUCUUUUCAUUUCCUUGUCUUGAAGAAAGCUCCCCCCACUUUUGGAGCAACAAUGGAGAUAUUGGAGGGACAAGGGCGGGGGGGGGGGGGGGUUAUGAAUUCUGCUAUAAAGGUGCACAGUUUUGUUCUUUUGGGGAAUCCCUGGUACAUUUGUUUGGUUUUCCACUUUGUUUUUUAAUACCAAAAAUGAAAUUGCAUUUUUUUUUCUAAAAGUACAUUUUGACAAAACAAAGUUAAAUGAGUGAAAAAUAUAUAUGUUGAGAAAAAAAAAACUGCACUUCAUACUGAAACGUUUUCCUGUCUGCUAAUCCACCUCUCUGUCAUCCAGGAGUGAGGGGGUUCCGAACAGGGUUGCCUUUUUGUGGAUGCUGUACUUUGUCAUAUUCUUGUCUCCAGUCGCUACGGAGACAUCGAAAACUAGACAUAUUUUUGGGGGCCCAGAGAAUUGUAACAUUUCCAUUCGCCGCCAUGACUGGUUGGGCCCUACUAUACUAUAAUCAUACAUUCUCUUUUGCUAAGUAUUCUGAUGAGAAUGGUGCAUUUUGAACAGGUACAUUUUUUUUAAGUCUUAACAACUUCUAACUGGGGUUUAAAAGGCCUGCAUCUAAAAAAAAAAAUAAAAAAAAACGUUUUUAAAAAUGAAACUAAAAAAAUCACAAAUGCCUGUGUCUAAAACUGCCUUGUUUUAAACUGUCAUGUCCAGUUUUAACAGCGAACCUCAAAAAAUGCACCCCCCCACCCCCCCAUUUUAGUGUGCGUGUCUCCCCCGAGAACACCAGAACUUACAGUAUACACCUACCAGCACCGGGAAAUGAUCCCUGCAGUUGAACCAUGACAUGAAGCUGUUUAAUCGCAGAGAUGUUCCCUUUUUAACUUCAAAAAAGAAACAAACGCUGGAUUGAAUAAACAAUGUAAAAUGAGCAAUAUAUGUAAUUUCUCCCCACAAAUAAAUGUAAUGAGGGAAAAAGUGGGGAAGGGAUUUUGGCUGAUACUUGAUGGGUUGCGUGAUUCAAAAAAACGUUCCUCUAUUGAUGGGAUAUGCACGUGCUGUUUUUUACAUAAACAUUGUUAGUUUCGUUUGUAUUUUGUACAUAACUCAUUUCCCCCCCAUCGCGAGAUCCCAUGGUUUCAUUCAUUCUUUUCAGAAGAGAUAAAAGAUCAUAAACAUAUCAAAACAAAAUAAAAAAAAUGAAAUAAAUGUUACAAUACUUGAAUCAAGAAGCGCCAAUAGCAUAAUGUGAACACUUUUUUGUGUGAGUGUGACUUCUACACUUCUGAGGUAUUGAUGACAAGUUUUAAAAAGUUCAGCAUUAGUUUAAAUGUAAGAAAAACAAAAACUAAAAAAAAAAAAAGAUCAUUAUACUGUGUGCUUGAAUGAUUGUGUGCGGGUGUGCGUUUACACUCAAAUGACUGUGUUCUCUCCAUGGGCCGCCAGCUGUGUGCCCAUGUUUUAUGUUGUCAUCCAUUCAGUAUAAAUUGUAGUGUUGUGUCUUUUUAUUUCCUUGUUGCUUGUCAAAAAAGAAACUCUACUCUGAUGUUAUCUAACGUUGCACUGAGUGGUCUUCUUCCCCUCUCUCAGCUAAUCGUGAAAACAAAACGAGACUAAGUAACAAGGGGGGAGGCGAUGACAAUUCAUGUGUUAAUGUUUACUCAAGGACUUAAUGAAAACAAGAUCUUUUUGUUUGUUUGUUUGUUUGAUUGAUCUCUGUAAAAUGUUUAACCUGUAAAAUGUUAAUCUACCUUAUUGUGGCUUUCAUUGUUGAAUAACCACCACCCCUCAACGAGGGCUUGGUUAUCCAUUGAGUAUUGCACCAUUUUUUUGUUCAAAAUUAUAAAACGUUAAAAAAAUGCUUAUAAAAAAACACAAAAAAAACUUAAAAAUGCAAAAAACUGAAUUUAAAAAAAGACAUGAAAUGAACUGUGGCCAUAGCUAGCUAGGUGUAGAGAGACUAGACUAUUGUUUGUUUAUGUUUAUGAUGUGGAGAAGACAGAGAUGGCCAACGUGAGGCUCUGUCCGGCCCACAGAUCUCCAUCCAGUCGUGCCUCUCUGUUCUGUUUUUGUUUCUUUUACUUUCUAUCUUUAAGAAGCGUACAAAAAAAGCCACCUGUCGUUUACAAACAUUUCAUGUGUUUGAAGAUCACAAGAAAUAAAAAAGGAAUUUAUAAUGGGAAUGUUGCUAUACAAGAAAAAGAUGUUUUAAGGACAAAGUUCAUCUUCCAUUUUAAAGACAAAUGUCAAAAAAAUUACAAAAUUGAAGAUUUAUGCUACUUUCAGAACUCUGGGAUUGAUCAGUGUUUGUGUUUGUACUUUUUUUUUUUUUUGCUUUGAAUUUUUGUUGGUGUUAACAGACUAUCUAAACCUACGAUGUUAUGUCUCUUUUAUAUUUCAUUUAUAGCGUUAUCUGUAAAAGCAACAUAAUUCUUGUCACUAUCUUGCACACUCACAAAGGAUGUGGAUUAUCGUCUCAGGAAGACCAGGAUUUCCACAGUCCCAACUCCACUAUUUUAAUGUUAAUUUUUACGAGAAAGUGGAAAUUUUAGAAAAGUGGAAAAGAAAAAAAUGAUACUAUACGACAAAAAAACCCAACUCUAAGCACUGAAAGGUUAUGGAUUUUUUGAAGAUGAACAUACCUUUUGUUUCUUAAAAAAAAAAAUCCGUAGCAGUUACACAUUUACCAAAUAAUAGAAUUGUAAUGUCCUUUUUACUUUGUAAGUGGAGUGCUUUACUUUGAGAAGUAAAAAAAAAAUCUAUGUAGGCAUUGCUUUACAUUCAAACGCAGUUAUCAGUGAUUUUGAUUGUUGAAAGAUGUGUGAGGACAUGCAGUUGUGCGUUUUAAACGUGCACUUUCGUUUUUUUCUUUCUCUUUUAGUAUUUUUUUCCUCUCAAAGGUCCUUUUUUCAAAAAUGUUAAGGAUCAUUGUGCAUUACUCUCUCCUGCCAUCCGAUUCAGGUGGCAGACAACUCAAUGAAAGAGAUUCUGUGGAAAAAUAAGGUUUUGGGAGGUUUUCUGAGACAAGGUAGUGUAGUGUAGGUGGCUAUAAGAAGGCUAUAAAAUGAUCCUGAUCUAUGCACAAAGUAGGAGAGGGAAGAAAUGUCCAGACCUGCUAUCUUUGGGUUGGGGUUGGGUUGUUCCGGGUGGGGGUUUGGGGAGGGUAUGUUUCAUUUUAUGACGGGGUGGAAAGGGGGUAACUUUUAAUCGUGCUCAAAUCUAGUAGCUUUUUUUGUUGUUCAUUUUCAUACUACUCCCCUCAGUAUCAUAUUACAGAUACAGUUAGAGCGUCACCAUGUUUUUAUUCUCCUAAGAUGAGAACAUCUCCCUCAGCCAAACGAAGCACUGUGGGUUUUCCGGAAUAAUCUUAUGAUUCUUUGCUUAAGAGGGAGAAGCAUUUUUCUGGUAAAACGGAGCAAGGAGGAAAGUUUGCUUUAUGCCUUUUUUCUUUUCUUUAUUUUUUUAGUUUUAAAAGACUCGAGGAACAUGUCUGUACCGAGAUUCAAAAAAGUUGCUGGCUAUUAAAUGUUAUUUUUUGUUUCCUUUUUCUCCUCAUAGAAUGUGACUUGUCAUUGACUUGCACCGAAAAAAAUGUUUCCAUUUGUGGUGGAGAUUUCUUUCGGCCUAUAUUAAUAAACUGCAAUUUUUCUCUUG